CCACCGCCAUACUGUAUUUUAUAGUAACUCAUUUUUAUUCCUCUCUUUUACUCCCGCUCGGGUUAAAGCUAAGUGACCCAGCCAUGACCGGCAAAACACAGACUAGCAAUGUUACCAAUAAGAAUGACCCCAAGUCAAUCAACUCGAGAGUCUUCAUUGGCAAUCUGAACACAGCCAUUGUCAAAAAAGGUGACAUAGAGGCAAUCUUUGCAAAGUACGGAAAAAUAGUUGGCUGCUCAGUGCACAAAGGUUAUGCAUUUGUACAGUAUAUGAGUGAGAGGCAUGCGAGGGCUGCGGUGGCAGGAGAGAAUGCCAGGAUCAUUGCAGGACAACCACUCGAUAUCAACAUGGCAGGAGAACCAAAACCAUACAGACCAAAACCUGGAAACAAGCGGCCACUUUCAGCCCUUUACAGACUUGAUUCAAAGGAACCUUUCCUGUCUGUUGGAGGUUAUGUCUUUGAUUAUGAUUACUACAGAGAUGAUUUCUACAAUCGAUUGUUUGAUUACCAUGGUCGUGUCCCACCACCACCUCGUGCAGUGAUACCAUUGAAGCGCCCUCGUGUGGCCAUGACAGCAACUCGUAGGGGGAAAGGGGUUUUUUCCAUGAAAGGGGGAUCGCGAUCAACGUCUAGUGGGGCGUCUUCUUCAGGAUCCAAAUUGAAAUCAGAUGAGUUGCAAACAAUCAAGAAGGAAUUAACCCAAAUCAAAACAAAAAUUGACUCCUUGCUAGGGAGAUUGGAGAAGAUUGAAAAACAGCAGAAGGCUGAAGCAGAAGCUCAAAAGAAGCAAAUGGAAGAUAAUGCUGAGUUGAUCCAAGAGGAAUGCAUAUCAGAGAAUGCAGAUAACUCUACAGAAGAGCCUAUUGAAGUAGGGCCAGAUGCAGAUGGGGAUGGAGAAGAGAUGACUGAUGGAAUAGAGGAGGAUUUUGAUGAGGAUUGCAGCAAUGAGCUGUUUCUACAGAUCAAGUGAUGAGGUGUCAUGUGUGAGCCCCUUGGAGGCUGAGAAGAGAAACUGUGACUUCCCCUUUCCACUCCCCCACAGAAAUGUGAACUGGGGUUUCUUACUGGCUAGCAACACCUUUGAUUCAAUUUGUAUGAAAACUCACUUUAUUUAUUAAAAUGGACAUUAUAGUUCAAACCUUAGAAAUUUCAUUUCUUAUAUGUUCUAAGCUGUACAACUGUCAGGUUUUUAUGGUUUAGAUUGUAAAUGUGUUUUUCUCUGGCUACUUAUUGGUAUUAUUUGUUUUUAAUUUUGAUGUCUUAAAGGCCAAGGUACUGUAUGAUAAUAAUAUGAAGGACAUAUUUAACAGGCGUGAGAGACACUGUAAACAAAUGUAUAUUUGUAAAAGCUAUUUUUAUGAUUAGCAUGUUUUACUGUUUAUCAUAUUUAAAGUCAGUUGAUAUUGCAUUUCUAUGUUUAUAGCUUAAUUCAGACACAGUCAUGUUAUAAUCAAAGACAUGCUCAAUCAUGUUGUAUGGUAUUUUUCAUUACUAUUCAUUAUAUUCAUAGUUCAAGAUAAAUUAUGUUUACUAGUAGGGAGAAUAUUGAAAGGCAAAGUAAUUGUUCUGCUGUGUUCAUGCGCUAUUUCACUGUAAUUGCUAAAAAGUGCAAAUAUGUCAAAUAUCAGAUCAAUUGAUAAACUGUAAAUUAAACCCACUUGUUAAUCCCUUUUUUCAAACAAGCACUCUCUGUGAUGCCAG